AUGAAACGGAUGAAGUAGAUACUACUGAUAUAAUAGAUUCAGUAUAUGUAGAUUCAUUAUAUAUAGAUUUAGCAUAUGUAGGUGUAAUAAAUACCAUGGAUGUUAAAGAUGUAGAAGCAGAUUCUGGAAAUGUAGUAAAUACUAAAGGUAUAGUAGAUGCUGUAGAUGUAAAUACAGCAGUAGUGAAUGCUAUAGAUGAUAUAGGCGUCAUAAGCGUAGUAGGUGCUAUAGAUGCUAUAGAUGAUAUAGGUAUCAUGAACAUA